GGAUAAAUAAUGCCAUGAUCUCGCGCUCUCCGAUCCACACAACACUAUCCUACUUCAAAGACGCAUCAUUAAUCUGUUCCAACAAUUCUGUCAAAAGAGUAGAACAAAGAGAGAUAAGCUGAUCAGGCAAUGGGGUUCUCCUUCCUCUCUACUUUCCCUCGUCUGCUUCCAAUUGUUCCUGCCCCAUCUCUAACCACAACCAGCACUGCUCCUGUUGCCCCCAGAUACCCCUCUCAUGCACCUCAGAUUGUAAUUCGUUGUAAUAAAAUGGAAACUGAUGUUGCCGCUGAGGAUGAUGAUCGGUUCCGUCGAAGAGACAUUCUUAAGUGUGUUGGUGUUACGAUUGGCAUGGAAUUGAUGGCAAGCUCAGGAUCAUUUGUCAAAAAUGCUAGUGCUGCUGAUUUGAUACAAAGGAGACAGCGUUCUGAGUUUCAAUCAAGUAUCAAGGGAACCCUUUAUACCCGUAUAAAGGGAAAUCUAGACCUUAUCUCACCCCUAUUAACUUUGGCACUGAAUGAUGCCCUGACUUAUGAUAAGGCUACAAAAUCCGGGGGGCCAAAUGGAUCCAUCCGGUUCAGUUCAGAGUUAAGCAGGCCUGAAAACAAAGGGCUUUCUGCUGCUUUAAAUUUAUUAGAAGAAGCAAAGAAAGAGAUAGAUUCAUUUUCCAAGGGUGGACCCAUUUCAUAUGCAGAUCUCAUCCAAUAUGCAGCCCAAAGUGCCACUAAAGCUACAUUUCUAGCUUCUGCCAUUCGCAAAUGUGGUGGGAAUGAAGAGAAAGGGAGCUUAUUGUAUUCUGCAUAUGGUUCAAAUGGGCAGUGGGGCUUGUUCGACAGGCAGUUUGGAAGGGCAGAUACCCAAGAGCCAGAUCCAGAGGGGAGGGUUCCCCAAUGGGACAAAGCAAGUGUUAAGGAAAUGAAGGACAAGUUCUCAGCUAUUGGCCUUGGUCCCCGCCAGCUAGCUGUGAUGUCUGCAUUUUUGGGGCCAGAUCAGGCUGCAACCGAGACCUUUCUGGCCACUGAUCCAGAUGUUUCUCCAUGGGUUCAGAAAUAUCAACGUAGCCGAGAAACAGUAUCUCAGACGGAUUAUGAGGUGGAUCUGAUAACGGCUCUCACAAAACUAAGUACUUUGGGUCAGCAAAUCAAUUAUGAGGCAUAUACUUAUCCUGUCCAAAAAGUUGAUCUGAGCAAACUCAAAUUGUAGAGGAAGCAAAGAAUAGCCUUUGCAUGGCAAAAGCAGCAGUCUCAACUGCUGCUUCGAGACUUAUUUCUUCGAACGAUAUUUCACUGAAACAUGCGCCUGCUUGCAGUUUUUGUGAGGACUUCUGCAGAGUGGUUUGCUUCUAAGAUCAAUGAAAACUUAGGAACUUCAGUGUA